AUGAAGUUCUUCGAGAACAUUUAUACCUACGAUUAUUCCUUCCCGGCCGUUUCCCUCGCCUACUUCCUGCGCUACCCGAACCCGUACUCCAGACACGUUCUGACCACCGAUGUCAUUGAUCGCUAUGUCGACCCGAAGACUCACCGUCUCCAUACGACGCGCAUCCACUUGAAGAAAUCAAAGGUGCCCUCGGGGAUCCUGAAGCUUCUUCCAAAGGGCAUUGGUGGUUCCGACAAUUCCGGGCAGAGCUAUAUUUUGGAAACGACCGUUGUUGACGUGAAGGAAGGCUGGAUGGAGUCGGAAUCGCGAAAUAUGGAGUGGACAGGCAUUCUUAGUGUGGUGGAAAAGCAACACUAUCAACGUCAACCCCUGGAAGGCGCUUUUCAGAAGCUCGAGGGCCUCUCACUCGAUGACAAGCGAAACGAGCAAACCACAGUCAAGACAACUGUCACCUUCCGCUCGCGGUUCGGACAAGGAAAGCUUCUCGGACGCCGGAAAACCGAAGGAGAAUGCGAAGAGGAGUCCCCAAAGCGGGGAUUCUUCACAUCACUGUCAACUGCCGGUAUCCAGCGCACCAUUGAAUUGAUUGGCUUGAACCGCACGCGGGAUGCCAUCCUCAAGAGCAAGCAAGGAAUGAAUGUCGUCCUCGAACGUCUACGCAGCGGUGGCAUUGUUGGAGUUCUCGAAGGCAUGCGCGAGGACCGCGAGGCAACCGUACUCGGAGAGGGUCCCUGGAAGCGAGUCUGGAUAAGAGGACAUGCCUCUGACGACGACGACAACUGA